UUCAUGUUCGUUUCGUGCGCUCGCGAUUGCGUGGGGAACGCGCUAGUGUUUUCCGGUCGUUGCGUUUAUCGAGUAUAUUGAGUUAGGUUAAGUUAUGUUCAAUUUCAUUCUUUGACGUGCGAGCCUCUAAGUAAAUGGGCGCGAUUGAACUGUAUGUACAUUCGUGUGUGCUAUGACUCGGUGGGACGUAUCGCCUUGUCGCAGAGUUUACGAAAUCCGGAGCAGCCUUGCCUCGAAACGGUGGGCGCAAAGGGAUAGAAGGUCUUAUUGUUGAUCGAGACAGUUGAAUUGAUUAUUCCAGUGAGAUUAUAUGAGUGUUCAAGGAACUGUGUAUUUUUACUCGAGGCCUCGACAAAGUACUAUUAAAGACCGACAUUUUAUGGAAAUUUACUUGACUGCCAAAACCUGAAUGUUGAUGAAACCAAUUCUUCAAUUAUUCCUGAGUCCAUUGAGCCUACUUGAGACUACAGCCACGAAAAUUUAUCCAGAACUGGCGAUUUUUAACAGUACCUUGUCAGUGCUCGAAGGAAGAUAACGAAUGACAUUUGGAUCGCACACAUAUUUCGUUGAAUAAAAUAUUUUAAAGAAAUAACGGAGCAACAUUAUAUUUUGACUGGAGUGCUAUGUUGAUUGCGGUGAUUCAGUUGCGAGCAUACGUACAUGAUGCUGAGAAUGGUGUGUCCAAAAUGCCAUCAUCGCUUUCCAGUACUAGGAUGCUGUUUACAGUGCAACGAUGAAAUUAACCAAAAGAAAAUGAAGGAGAAAGAGGAGAAGAAACAAAGAAAUGAAGAAGAAAAGAGAGAAAAAAAGGAAAAAGAAGUAAAGAAAAAAGAAGAAGACGAAGAGAUAGAAGAAGAGGAGGAAGAGGAAAAAGAAGAAAAAGAAGCGAAAAAGGAAGAGAAGAUAGCUGCUAAUACGAUCCGUUCGACGACAACCUAUUACGUUAGUAGCCUCCCAGUGUCGCAUGGCUACACCAACGGCAGCAGUUGUUUUAUAAAUCCAUCCGAAGAGCUUCAUGAACCCACCACCAUCUUUCAGUCGCGUGCGGUCAACGGCGGCUCCAAUGUUGAAAUUACCGGUUCCGAUACGCUGGAGCUCUUCUACGACAUACAGACGUCGUCGAUGAAACAGAAUCAUCACCAUCCGCUGUUAAGACCGCCAAUGUAUCGAUCAAAUGACCCCUUCAUCGUGACCGAAAAUCUUAACUACGAGAUAGCACCUUCCGAGCAAUAUGUCGCAAAUACAUGCGAACUCACUGGCGGCAGCGUUACCAUUGCCACACCCGAUACACAGUCGGGUGGUCGCCUGAUACAGAAUACGGAGGCCGAAAUUCUGAUGCAAGCCCCGCAAAUCAAGCCGAAGCUCACGGGCGGCGGUUGCCUGGUGCAGAAGAAACUGUCCGCCGAGGAUGAACGAUCGACAACGUCCAGACACACGAAAAACUUCGCGUUCGUCAACAAUAACGCUCAUCGGAUGUUCGUCACGUCUCCCAACGGUUAUUCGGAAUUGCCUGGGAACGUAAGGGUGCUGUCGUCCGGGACGAUACGAGACGAUGAGAAUAACGAGGUGGCGAGCGCCGGAUCGCGGCAGCGACGGGCACCGAGCGUGAUCAAGACGAGUGACUGCUGCGAGUGCAAAGGUACAUUUCAGCAGAACCACUGUCAGUCCCACAGACAGCUGUUCGACACGUCGUCCCUCGUGGACAAUCGUGACUCGUUGCUGUUGGAACCCAUCGGUAACGGCGUGCAGUUCCGUGUGAACGCCACUGUACAGCUACCCGCGAACCUGGGCCAGUGCACGGUGAACAUCACAGCGACGACGACGACGCCGCCGAACCAGGUCGUGGCGAUGAAGCUGCCGGGUCGCGGUAGAAACAACUUUCACGGUGGUGGUCUCGUGCAGCCGAACGAGUUGGACUGCGCGAAUCAUCAGGUGAAUCAGGUGGUUGCGUCGAUUGGAAACGACAAGAGUCACGGUAACGUCGAGCAAAGGGAGAACGAGGCGUCGAUCACCCCGAUGUCCUGGCUGUCGACUUCCUGGAGCAAGAGCCUGGACGCGGACGUGAAUAGGUUGCGCGAGGUGAAGAGAUUGCUGCAGAUCUGCGGCUGGUACCACGAGGGUAUCAGCUGGCAGCAGAGCGAGAACCUUCUCAAGGACGCGCCCAUAGGUCGCUGGCUGAUGAGGGACAGCUCGGACAGUAGAUACACUUUCGCGGUGUCUGUGAAAACGGCGAGGGGUCCCGCUUCUAUUAGGGUGCACUAUUUCCUCGAGCACUUUCGGCUCGACGCCGAGCCGAAGUUAGCGUUGGCGAUGCCAUUUUUCAAUUGUCCGAUCAAAAUGCUGGAGCACUACGUCGAGUACUCGAAGAGGAUGGACGAGCAUCGCAGGGAGGUGUGGGUCGACUACAGCGGACAACUGUACAGCCAGAUCUAUCUGACCAGUCCUCUUGUCAAGGAAGUGAGAUCGCUGUCGCAUCUGGCUAGGCUCGCCGUGAACCGAAGCAAAUUGCCCACUGACUGUUUACCGCUCUUAAUUAAAAACUACAUCAAGGAAUACCCGUAUACGCUUUGAGUGUGUAAUCACACAUCACACGAUGCGUUUCUCUUCCGAUAUACAUAUGUAUAUACAAACAUACAUACAUAUAUAUAUAUAUAUAUAUAU